GUUAACUAAUAUGGCGCUAUCUAUAAAUCAAGAAGAAUAUGGUAAUUGAGUUAAGUGGGAUGUUUGAUGCUGGUUAUUCUGGUUCACAACAACCUCGUUCAUCAUCUUCAUCAUCAUCUUAUCUGUUAUCAUCAACGACAUCAUCAACCUCAACGUUCAUUACACCCAACACACAUGAUUCUUCACCUUCGAUAGCUGAUCAAACUAAUGCAACUGGUAUUACCUCCACUUCUGUUACUACAACCAUUACUACUACUACUACUACUACGUCGAACACAUCUACGUCUGGUAAUCAACUUAUACACUCGGAAAAGAAAUUGAAAUUGAACUAGAAAGUGGUGUAUCCGAAGAAGAUACAAAAUUAGCUAAGAAUAACAAAAAUGCUGUUGAUAUUGGUAUUUGAUUAUUGUCAAUUAUGGUGUAAAACAUAAUGGUGCUCCAUAUAAAAAGCAAACACUCAAUUUAUGUCGAAUGAUGAUUGAACAUUGUAAAGAAAUUGAAGCGAAUAAUUCCAAACGAUGCAGAGAACUUUUAGAGGUAAGUAUGAUGCAUAUUUUUUAAAUCAUGAACUCACUAUUGUACAGAGGGUAUCUUACAAAAUUUAAUUUGUAUCCAAAAUUAUAUUUAUUCAUUAUAGUAUUAUUGUUUUAACUGAUUUGAAAACGCUGCUUUGUUGGGCUACAUAUACCUAUAAACCUGAGACAAACAGUCCAUGGCCACAUAAACUGAUUUUUUUUAUUAUUCUGAUUAGUCUCCUAUUGUGCUGUAAUAAUACUGUCUAGCGUUGUACACCUUCAUGAAUGGUAGGUAGGCAUAGGCACUAUGUAUAGAAACCUAGAAAUCGGAUAGUUUCAUAAAACCAUCAACCAACCUAACUGGUUUUGUUCACUAUUUUAUUGAAAUGUAGUG